GUAAAAGUUGGAGAUAAAGAAAUGGAUGUGAUGAAUGGCUUCAGACUUUAUAUCACCACCAAGCUUCCAAAUCCAGCCUAUACCCCUGAGAUUAGUGCUCGGACCUCAAUAAUUGAUUUUACUGUCACCAUGAAAGGUCUAGAAGAUCAGCUUCUAGGGAGAGUGAUUCUAACAGAAAAACAGGAGUUGGAGAAAGAGCGAACCGAUCUUAUAGAAGACGUGACAGCUAACAAAAGGAAGAUGAAAGAACUGGAAGACAACUUGCUGUAUCGACUGACGAGCACGCAAGGCUCUCUGGUGGAAGACGAGAGUCUCAUCAUUGUACUUAGUAACACGAAAAGAACAUCAGAAGAGGUGACCCAGAAACUCCAAACCUCAGUUGAGACUGAAGUGCAGAUUAACUCAGCUCGGGAGGAAUACAGGCCAG